CGACGCGCCCCGUAUCUGCCAAGCCCCCAGCGGAAGCCUGGUCCCCGGAAACCGACGGCCACCGGGUGGGGGGGUCCGCUCCGUGGACAUGCCUCGGGGGCGCCAUGGACCCGAGGCAGGGGUGUUCUCUCAGCAGAUACCACCCCAGUUCAUUUCAAGGCUAUGAGCACAGCAAGUUCAGACACCAGCAGCCGGGGCCAGGAUCUUAUCCUAAUACUUUCCAGCUUCAGCAAAUAGAGUUUCUCAAGGGGCGGCUCCCAGAAGUACCCCUAAUUGGAAAGCAGACACCAUCACUGUUACCUUUUCCCCCUGGACCCUGGCCAAGGUUUCCAGGACCACCUGCCAGAGACAGGCAGCAGGAGAUCUGGGCUGUCCCUGGGGUUGUGCAUCUCAGAAGUCAAGCACUCCAGAGAGGGUCCCGGCGUCCUUCCCCACGUGGCAGGAUUCUACCAUGGAGAGGUGUUGAUAGGCUUUCCUCAAAUUUCCAGGAACUGAGGAUCUGCCAGGAUCUGGAACAAAGGAUCUUAGAGCUCUUUCAGGAGCUUGGCGAGGGGAAGGCCACCACAGCACAUGAUCUGGCCCGGAAGCUCCAAGCCCAAAAGAAGGAAAUCAAUCGCAUUUUAUACUCUCUGGCAAGGAAGGGUACUCUGCAGCAGGAGGCAGGAACACCCCCUUUGUGGCGAAUUGCAAUCUCAGUUCGGGCUCCGAACCAGCACAGCCAAGUAGCGACACCAGACAGUUGUAGCCAGGCAGCUCCAAACUCAGACCCCAGUUCGGAAACUGAAGACAAAAACUCCACAUCUAGCUUGGAAGACCCUCCUGAACCUUUUGACAUGGCUGAGAUCAAGGAAGAAAUCUGCAACUACCUGUUUAAUGUGUUCAAGUCCUCUGCCCUGAAUUUGGCUAAAAAUAUUGGCCUCUCGAAAGCCCGAGAUGUCAAUGCCGUGCUGAUCGACCUGGAAAGGCAGGGGGAUGUCUACAGGCAAGGAACAACCCCUCCAAUAUGGUAUUUGACGGACAAGAAGCGAGAGAGGCUGCAGAUCAAGAGAAACACGAACAGUGUUCCUGAAACCACUCAAGCUGCUACCCCUGAGACCAAAAGAAACGCAGAGCCCCCCGCCUGUAACUUCCCCGCGCCAGAUGCCUCCAACAGUGUAACCGCAGCAAAGGUAGAGAAUGGGCAGGAGCCAGUUUUAAAGUUAGAAAGCAGGCAAGAGGUCCCACCUGAACCAGUAAAACCGAAACCACCUGCUCGUGACAAUGGCCCCUCCAAAACAGGGUAUGUUGACUUUGAAAAUGGCCAGUGGGCCACAGAUGACAUCCCAGAUGACUUGAAUAGUAUCCGCGCCGCGCCAGGUGAGUUUCGAGCCAUCAUGGAGAUGCCCUCCUUCUACAGCCAUGGCUUGCCACGGUGUUCACCCUACAAGAAACUGACAGAGUGCCAGCUGAAGAACCCCAUCAGCGGGCUGUUAGAAUAUGCUCAGUUCGCUAGUCAGACCUGUGAGUUCAACCUGAUAGAGCAGAGUGGACCACCCCAUGAACCUCGAUUUAAAUUCCAAGUUGUCAUCAAUGGCCGAGAGUUUCCCCCAGCUGAAGCUGGCAGCAAGAAAGUGGCCAAGCAGGAUGCAGCUAUGAAGGCCAUGACAAUUCUGCUUGAGGAAGCUAAAGCCAAGGACAGUGGAAGACCAGAAGAGUCAUACUACGGUUCCCUAGAGAAGGAAUCCGAGAAGACAGCAGAGUCCCAGUCCACCACCCCUUCAGCAACUUCCUUCUUUUCUGGGAAGAACCCGGUCACUACAUUGCUUGAGUGUGUGCACAAGUUGGGGAGCUCCUGUGAAUUCCGCCUCCUAUCCAGAGAAGGCCCUGCCCAUGACCCCAAGUUUCAGUACUGUGUUGCAAUGGGAAGCCAUACUUUCCCCACUGCAAGUGCGCCCAGCAAGAAAGUGGCAAAGCAGAUGGCUGCGGAGGAAGCCAUGAAGGCCCUGCAUGAGGAGGCGACCAACUCGACGUCUGAUAACCAGCCCGGAAGCACCAACACAGAGUCAUUUGAUAACUUGGAAUCUAUAAUGCCCAACAAGGUGAGGAGGAUCGGCGAGCUCGUCAGAUACCUGAACACCAACCCCGUGGGCGGCCUGUUGGAGUAUGCCCGCUCCCACGGCUUCGCUGCCGAGUUCAAGCUGGUUGACCAGUCCGGACCUCCUCACGAGCCCAAGUUUGUUUACCAAGCAAAAGUUGGGGGUCGCUGGUUCCCAGCCGUCUGCGCGCACAGCAAGAAGCAAGGCAAGCAGGAGGCAGCGGACGCCGCCCUCCGCGUCCUGAUUGGGGAGAACGAGAAGGCAGAGCGCAUGGGUUUCACAGAGGUAACCCCAGUGACAGGGGCCAGUCUCAGAAGAACUAUGCUCCUCCUCUCAAGGUCCCCAGAAGCACAGCCAAAGACACUCCCUCUCACUGGCAGCACCUUCCAUGACCAGAUAGCUAUGCUGAGCCACCGGUGCUUCAACACUCUGACCAACAGUUUCCAGCCCUCCUUGCUGGGCCGCAAGAUCCUGGCUGCUAUCAUCAUGAAGAAAGACUCUGAGGACCUGGGAGUCGUGGUCAGCUUGGGGACAGGGAAUCGCUGUGUGAAAGGAGACUCCCUGAGCCUAAAGGGAGAAACCGUCAAUGACUGCCACGCAGAGAUCAUCUCCCGCAGAGGCUUCAUCAGGUUUCUGUACAGCGAGUUAAUGAAGUACAACCCCAGGACUGCGAAGGACAGUAUAUUUGAGCCUGCUAAGGGAGGGGAAAAGCUCCAAAUAAAGAAGACCGUGUCAUUCCAUCUCUACAUCAGCACGGCCCCGUGUGGGGAUGGCGCGCUCUUUGACAAGUCCUGCAGCGACCGUGCCGUGGAGAGCACGGACUCCCGCCACUAUCCCGUCUUUGAGAACCCCAAACAAGGCAAGCUCCGCACCAAGGUCGAGAACGGGGAAGGCACAAUCCCCGUGGAGUCCAGUGACAUUGUGCCUACGUGGGACGGCAUUCGGCUCGGGGAGAGACUCCGUACCAUGUCCUGUAGUGACAAAAUCCUCCGCUGGAACGUGCUCGGCCUGCAAGGGGCACUGUUGACCCACUUCCUGCAGCCCGUGUACCUCAAAUCUGUCACACUGGGUUACCUUUUCAGCCAAGGGCAUCUGACACGUGCCAUUUGCUGUCGUGUGACAAGAGAUGGGAGUGCAUUUGCGGAUGGACUACGGCAUCCCUUUAUUGUCAACCACCCCAAGGUUGGCCGAGUCAGCGUAUAUGAUUCCAAAAGGCAGUCCGGGAAGACUAAGGAGACAAGCGUCAACUGGUGUUUGGCUGACGGCUAUGACCUGGAGAUCCUGGAUGGGACCAGGGGCACCGUGGACGGGCCACGGAAUGAAUUGUCCCGGGUCUCCAAAAAGAAUAUUUUUCUUCUAUUUAAGAAGCUCUGCUCCUUCCGGUGCCGCAGGGAUCUACUUAAACUCUCCUAUGGUGAGGCCAAGAAAGCUGCCCGUGAAUACGAGAUAGCCAAGAACUACUUCAAAAAAAGCCUGAAGGACAUGGGCUAUGGGAACUGGAUAAGCAAACCUCAGGAGGAAAAGAAUUUUUACCUCUGCCCAGUAUAGUGUGAUCCAGUGACUGUUCGGCUGGGGAUGUUUCACUCUGGGGUGAGAAAGGGGUAGGUCGUAGCAUUCCUCAUCACACCGUUCAAAGGGUCUGGGGGUUUUUUUCCCUCCUCUCUUCCUUUCUUUGUAACAGAACCAGUUGGUGAUGCUGAGACCUUUGGGUCCCUGUCCACCCUGCUUCCUUUGGAAAUGCCAGGCCAGGUGUCACUAGGCCCCCUUCUCUUUUCCCAAGCGAGGAGGUGGAAGGGAGAGAAAAUGGGUUCUCUCUUCUCCACCCAACACGUACGCAGUGACUGCGUACACGCAGCCCAUUUCCUCUUUAGUUCUCUGGGUUUUUCCAUUUCCUUUCCCUCUGUUUGCUCCCCUGACCUCUUGUGGUCUUGAUUAGGUUCCAGUCAACUCUGUGAGUCAUGCCAGGGACUGAUGAUUUCAUUUGUGGGUUCUACAAGCCCCUGCUUCCCUCCCCUUCUGAGAUCCCUUCCUGUGAUCAGGUUUCUCCUUUUCCUCCAAGAGGGUAAAGAGGUGAACGCAAAGAAUUUGUGAGACAUGUCUACAGGCAGGAGUUUGAAACUGCAGUUAAUUACUGGUGCCAAGUGGGGUUGGAAUCUGCAGAUGAUACUCAGUGAUCUUCAGAUCUUGCACUUUAGCCAGCUCGGGAGGGGCCACGUGGCAGGGAAAGCUGCCACUCUGAAGUGCAUCCCAUCCCCUGGUGACAGGGAAGGUGACCACCAGCCAGACUGGCUGUGGGAAUUGCAGCUGAGGUGCCCCCUCCAGGGGUGACACAGACCAUUUCCCAGUGAGCACAGAGGGGGCCUUGGAGUGUGGCCCAGCUCCCAGCUGCCCCUCCUCCUAAAGCAUUCCUAGGAAUUUGUCCUAUCAGUGGGGGUUGGGGCCUAGAGGGCAAACCACCUCUGCUUAGAUAAACAGCACUUAGCAGGAAUCAGGCAAAAAGUGAUGCUGGGUCAGAUCACUCUUCCACCCAUCAUAUUUCCCAUGACAGUGACACAGAGGGAAGUUAAGCCAUGGGCAAAUUAGGAGCAUUUAAAAGAAUGAAUGCCAUAGAAGUUGAGUCUUAAGUGCUAUAGAAUCUGUAAUUGCACAGAUUUAAAUUCAGACAUAAUUUUUCAUUUACCCAAGAGCUUUUGUUUUGCCAGACAGCUUCAGAAGGUCAUUUGUGGGCAGGUCACAGAGCUGAGACCUCCCUGCUAGGGAGAUCCCCUCUUAGGGAAUCUCUGUAGGGUUGACAUAUGACAGCAGUUGUAGAUGAAAGGGCAAAUUGUCCCCCCAAAUUCUAUGAGGUGGAGCCCUCAGUCUACACCUCAAGCUAAGACGCUCGGGGUCAGAGCCAUCAGCCUCUCGCUGGAGUUUGGCUCUGGGCCAUAGUCAGACGUGCUCCAGAGCAGCACGGAGGCCCUGCCCCCUCGAGCCCUGAGCCAGCCUCUUUACUCUAGAGGAUUCCUCUAUCUUUUCUGUGAACAUGCUGAGCCAGCACCCUCAAAUGACUUUCUGCCCUUCCCCAGCCCCCACACUACUGACUAGUUAACUCCCAUCUGUCCUGCCUCUUCAACAGACACACCCACAUUCACACUUUUACUCUGUGGAUACUAUUCCCCAAACUUAACCACAUGCGGAAACCCAGGUUUCAUCAAUACACUAAGGACAUUCCUGUGGAACAACGAAGUGUCCCAAGGAACUGGUAGGGAAACAGUGCCUGUCCUCUGGAGCAGAGGGACUAGCCUGCCCCCGACCCUGUGAACCUGCUGAAGGCACAUUAGUCAGACCUGCCUCAGAGGCAGCUGAUCUCCUGGUUCUUCAGGCUGGAGGGCGUCACCCACUGGUUCCUCAGAACCUUCGCCCCUCUGGUCCGUCUGGGGCACGGGAACCUCCUGCAGAUCUCUGACUUAGCUCUUUAACCAGGAGCACGGGGCUCUCCAAAGACCAGAGCCCCCGCUCACCCCAGGGUCUCGUCUAGCAACCUUGCAGUGUUUGGUUCCUGCUGUAGGAAGAGAGCAAGGCACCCCUGAACCCCGUGUGUCUGCUGGAAACGAGCCUGUGUCCGGCCCUGCACGGCCACACCCCCCAUGCUCCUCCCAGUCACACAGGACAGAGGACGCAGAGCCCCUGCCUAGAGUAUUCUCACCUUCUUGUCCAACCUUUGUUUUUAAUAAGCAGGACCCCCUUCUACAUCCCCCCUUUUUUUUAAUGAUCUUUGUAGUUGAUUUGUCUGAACUGUGGCUAUUGUGCAUUCUUUGACUAAUACUUGUAAAAAUUGUCACUGCUUGAAGCUAUCUCCUUUACCCACUUCGAAGGGACCUCGUUGGUUUUUGGGGUCUUAGCAAUGACUCCAAGAGCAGAGUGGGGAAGAGCCCAAGCAUGGACUUGGGUGCGACGAUGGCUGCAGUUUUUGAUUCUGCUUUUCAGUGUCGCUUAAUAAUUAAAAUUACACAUUCCUUAAGAAAUAAAAAAUAAUAAAAAAAAGAAUCUGAAUUGGUAGAAA